AUGCCCUUACAAUUUGAACGUUAUUUUUUGUCCAGUAUUUUUUAUUAGAUAUAUAAAAGGAUCGAAUUUGUAUGCCAUGGGACCUGUUGUUUCUAGCAUUUGGUAGACACGGACCUCCUGUAAAAUGAAAUUCUUAAUCCUUGCUCUAUGCGUGUACGCCGCGAAUGCCGCGACGGGUCGCUACCAGCCUUGGCAACCAAAGCCGGUGGUCCAAGCCGUGGCUGAGGCGUCGGUUGCUGCGCAGCCCGUCGUGCAGACUGUGGUGCAGCCCGUUCCAGUUGCUGUUAAGUCUGUCGUUGAAGUUGGCAAGGAUGCUGAAGCCAUCGUCCUUCGCUCUGACUCUGAAGUCAACCCAGACGGUUUUAACUACGUUUACGAGACCGGAAAUGGCAUCACUGGCCAAUCUAGCGGUGUCUUGAAGCAAGUUGGUGACGCUCAAGUGCUUGCUGUCCAAGGUAGCUACCAAUACAAAUCCCCGGAGGGAAUCCCUGUGCAGUUCUCUUACGUAGCUGAUGAGAACGGAUACCAACCUCAGAGCGACCUCCUCCCUGUUGGCCCUCCGAUGCCUGAGGCCAUCCGCCGCGCGGUCGAGUACGUUCUGACCCACGCGCCCAAGGAAUCUGUCAACUAAAACCACCAGAGCUUUAGCAUUUAGACACCGACAAUGAACAAUAUCUCUUAUGGAUAAUACAAUAAAAAUGUAAAUACAUUCUAAUUGUGCCAUAUAA